AUGGCUUCCAGUUUUUCUGAGCAGGGUUGCGAGGACUCUUACUCACUUCCACCCAGAUCUAGAGCAGGGAGCCGUGUAUCAGCUACUGCUGCUCAAUUCGCCAACAUCCAACUAGUCGAUUCCCCCAGAACGCUACCGUUAGAGUCCAGCCCCUCGGUCAGGUCUGAGGCUCUCCAUUCCUCCGGCUAUAUCAGUCCCAACCCGCCCAACUCCGCAACCUUUCUCUCAACCUCCAGCUCACAAGGAUAUUCGCCCUUCCCUCUCCUACCUCCCGAGAUCUUGAACGCAGCAGAGUGGAACGAACACGAGGUACAUCACACUUCGGAUUCGACCCCUCUAGUCAGAGUGGACCCCGCCCAGGACUACUCUUCCAACCACGGGUCAUUACUCGGUCACAACCUCUCUUCCCUCGGACACCAUCACCAAGACGCCAGCCUCACACCCCCAAGUGGUUCCAGAUCAGUAACAGCAAGUCCGCCACGGGGGACUUUGACACCAGAGCAGAGGGAAUUGAAGAAGCAGAGAGACAUGGCUCGUCGAGAUUCCAAGGCAUCACAACGCGUCCACAGAGCUGGUAGCAACCCCUACAUCCAUUCGCCUCCCCUCAGCCUACCCGACGUCUCUUCAACAAUGGGCGUACCAGUGUACACAACAGCACCGGCGCCAAUCUCCCUCCUCGCAGAGCCGACAACUUCUAUGGGAUCAUCAUCAUACCUCCCCUCUUACAGCCCACCUCUAUCAGACCAUGGCUACCAGAGCGGAUACCCACCAAUGGCCCAGGCCUACAGCAUGGGUGGCAUGGACUACUCCAACCAGUUCCAACCCCCAGCACAAUACGGCCUGAUGUAUGGCGUGCCGCCAUCGAUGGGCCCCGGAGCCCCAGACCAAGGGGGUCACGUCAGAGUGGUGCAGAGCCGGCCUAAACCUCAAUGCUGGGAACACGGUUGCAACGGAAGACAAUUUUCAACCUUUAGCAACCUCCUGAGGCAUCAAAGAGAAAAGUCUGGGCAGGCGACCAAGGCGACAUGCCCUAAUUGCGGCGCCGAAUUCACGAGGACGACGGCAAGGAAUGGCCACCUUCUCCACGACAAGUGCAAGCAGCGCCGAAACACGUGA